CCGCGCCAUUCCCCUGUUCCUCCUCGCAGGGGGGGUGGCGCACAACAUAGCGGAGUGCAUGGCAGCACUCUCCGCCACGCCCUUCCUCAUCUCCGCCGUGGGGGAUGACGCUGCAGGCAGGCCCAUGGCCCACCCUUUCUUCCCCUCAUCCGUGCUUCCCCACAUUUCCCUCCCUGCUUCUCCUCAGUUCCCCCCUUGCUUCCCCUCAUUUCCAUCCCUGCUUCCCCUCAUUUCCAUCCCUGCUUCACCUCAUUUCCAUCCCUGCUUCACCUCAUUUCCAUCCCUGCUUCACCUCAUUUCCAUCCCUGCUUCACCUCAUUUCCCUCCCUGCUUCACCUCAUUUCCAUCCCUGCUUCACCUCAUUUCCAUCCCUGCUUCACCUCAUUUCCAUCCCUGCUUCCCCUCAUUUCCAUCCCUGCUUCACCUCAUUUCCAUCCCUGCUUCACCUCAUUUCCAUCCCUGCUUCACCUCAUUUCCAUCCCUGCUUCACCUCAUUUCCAUCCCUGCUUCACCUCAUUUCCCUCCCUGCUUCACCUCAUUUCCCUCCCUGCUUCACCUCAUUUCCCUCCCUGCUUCACCUCAUUUCCCUCCCUGCUUCACCUCAUUUCCCUCCCUGCUUCACCUCAUUUCCCUCCCUGCUUCACCUCAUUUCCCUCCCUGCUUCACCUCAUUUCCCUCCCUGCUUCACCUCAUUUCCCUCCCUGCUUCACCUCAUUUCCCUCCCUGCUUCACCUCAUUUCCAUCCCUGCUUCACCUCAUUUCCAUCCCUGCUUCACCUCAUUUCCAUCCCUGCUUCACCUCAUUUCCAUCCCUGCUUCACCUCAUUUCCAUCCCUGCUUCACCUCAUUUCCAUCCCUGCUUCACCUCAUUUCCCUCCCUGCUUCACCUCAUUUCCCUCCCUGCUUCACCUCAUUUCCCUCCCUGCUUCACCUCAUUUCCCUCCCUGCUUCACCUCAUUUCCCUCCCUGCUUCACCUCAUUUCCCUCCCUGCUUCACCUCAUUUCCCUCCCUGCUUCACCUCAUUUCCCUCCCUGCUUCACCUCAUUUCCCUCCCCGCUUCCCCUCAUUUUCCACGCUGCUGGCCCCUCAUUUCCCUCCCUGCUUUCCCUGUUUGUACCUGCUUCCCCUCAUUUCCCCCCUGCUUCCCCUCAUUUCCCCCCUGCUUCCCCUCAUUUCCCCCGCUGCUUCUCCUCGAAUCCUCCUCCGCUUCCCAGGAUUUCCCCCUCUGUUACCCCUCGUUUUCCCCCCUUGCUUUCCCUCGUUUCCCCCCCUGCUUCCCCUCGUUUCCCCCUCUUCUUCACCUCGUUUCAUCUUCCUAUCUCUCACUUUCCCUCUCCCCCUCUUCCUAUCUCCCCUCUUCCCUAUCCUCCCUCUUCUUACGUGCAGUGACACCAAUGAAGAGUUUCUGGCACAGCAACUCGCCGAAGCCCAUCAUCCCAUGCCACGCUCGUAG